CAUUGCAGCGGGGCCUUUUGUAUUGGGCCUGAGAGUAUUUAAAUCUCGUCCGCGUGGGCAUCGGAAGAUCUAGGUUUCUUCCUUCCAAUUAAAUCGCGCCACUACGUCCUCCUGCUCUCUGAUAGUUCCUUCUACUUUACGAUGUGUAUGUGGUGCGUAGCAAGUACGACUGUCCGCUCACCACUACAUCUCGACGUACACUGAAAAGUCCAUUCCAGCACAAAACUUACAGCGCCCCGAACUGAUUUGGUCAGCACACUAUCCUCUGCUGGACGAAAGGGAUUGUUUUCUGCUGAGGGAAAGGGAGCUUCCAACAAUUUCCAACCCCCCAUUCACCUACGUACAUGCGAUGACAGCGCGAAGAAGCGAUGGUUCCCGUUGGUCAAUGCUCUUUUCUCCCGAGAAUGACGCACAGUUGGAAUCAUUGGUAUACGCAUAUCAAGCCGGUCGCAGUCCUCUUCGCGAUCUCACCGUCCACGUCCACGUGUCCUUAUUUGAUCCCUAUAUCCCUCAACCUUCUUCCGCUGAGGACGCAUGUUUCACAAGACACACCUCACCUCACUUUGUGAACAUGUCGACUUCGGCCGAGAACUUGAGAUAUAUCUACCCGAAAGGUGUCGUUCCAUCGAAUUACAUGACCCGACUCCGAAAACCAUCCGACGUUUGGAAGGCUUUGAAUCCUCUCCUCUGCCGGCCAGCGGAGAUGCCAAAGCUUCUGAUCUUGCGUGACUGCAAGGCUGAUCCUACUUACGAUGGACUUUAUCCUCGAAACAAAUGUCUUCACGGUGACCCCUUGACCUCAGGCACUUUUGAUGUUGGCGCCAUAGAUUAUCGUGGACACUUUGAUUUCUCUCACGGCGCAUGGUUCUUUCGUCACCUCCCGAAAGGUGCUUCGCGCUCACAGAAACGGGAGAAAGCCGAGUGAAGGCUCCUGUGCAGACGUUACAGAAAGUCUGCCAGCCCCCGAUUCUCCUGUGCUUCACCCACCGCACUGUACCACUUUACCUCCGCCACCGGCCGGUACCUUACAACUGAUAUUAGUUUUGUGGAUUGAUAGAUAGGAUCCGAUGUCCACUUUGUCUCCCUCGUAUACCCUUACUUUGCAGUAGUGCCUCUCCAUACCUGCGCAUCGUAUGUAACCUACUA